AUGCAAACUGAGCAAGUUGCAGGAUGCGCAGUACUCAUAACUGUUGCUGCUUUAACUAUCCGGUGGAUUUUUUCUACAGACAAGUCUUCGCACACAAAUGUUCAUAAUCCUGGUGCUUUAGAUUCCGGUCAUGCAGUGAACAGUGAGCAAGUAAAUAUGAUCAAAUCAGUAUUUCCUAAUAUUGAGACUUCGGCUAUCGCUUACGAUUUGCAAAAAACUGGGAGUGUUGAUGCUACUAUUGAAAAUGCGAUUGCUUCUCAGAAUUUACCUCUGCCUCCACGAGAAUCAGUUCUUUACACUCGCUUCCCUCUAACACCUGGUUCUGAUUUAAAUAAUCAUGCAUUGGUGACUAAUAGUGCAAAUCGUGAAGAAGCUGCUCAGACUGGGCAAAGUCCAGAUGGUGUAGGAAGUGCAUCAACGUUAGAUGCCUCUAAGAGCCUCAUUGAUAAGUAUGGACUUUCUUCUCGACUUAAAGACACAAGUAGCUCUUCAUCAUCAUCACCCUCGAAGAAUGUAUCCGUUCAUGUUUACCGUCAAAAGUUUCCCAACUCGAAGAAAGAGAGGGAAGAGCUUUUUCGUCGGCGCAAGGAAGAAAUGAUAAUUGCUGCUCGUAAACGAAUGGAAGAAAAAAUUGUAGUUGGUGAUGAUGCUUGA